AAGGGGGCUAAGGAAGCGCCGGGCGGGGAAGCGAGGAGAAGGAGAGACUUGGAAACUCCGGCUGCAAAUAAUAAUAAUAAUAAUAAAGAAAUAGAAAGCAAUACAUGGAUACAGCAUAACACUAAAAAAAAGAAAGAAAAAAAGAGAGCAAAGAGCGAGAAAUGAGAAAAGGGAUCCAGCCCGCCCUGGAGCAGUACCUGGUGACCGCCGGGGCCGGGGAGGGGGCGGCCGUCGUCGCCGCCGCAGCCUCCAUGGACAAAAGGGCACUGCUGGCCAGCCCGGGCUUCGCCGCUGCCUCGGCCGCCGCCCCGGGCGCGUACAUCCAGAUCCUCAGCACCAACACCUCCACCACGUCCUGCUCCUCCUCCUCCCUGCCCGGCGGCCCCCUGCUCCCCAGCGCCCCCGGCGCCCCCGGCGCGGAGCCCACGGCCGGCAGCCUCCUCUACAGCACCCCGCACGGACCCUCGAGCACAGCCGGGCUGCUGCAGCAGGCGCCGGCGCCAGGACGCGGAGGCGGCGGCGGGGACGGCGGCGGCCCUCCGGCCAAGCGAAGGCUGGAGCUGGGAGAAAGCGGUCAUCAGUACCUCUCAGAUGGUUUAAAAACCCCCAAGGGCAAAGGAAGAGCUGCACUCCGAAGUCCCGACAGCCCAAAAACUCCAAAAUCUCCCUCAGAAAAAACGCGGUAUGACACGUCCCUUGGUCUGCUCACCAAGAAGUUCAUUCAGCUGCUGAGCCAGUCGCCCGAUGGAGUGUUGGACUUGAACAAGGCGGCCGAGGUGCUAAAGGUGCAGAAGCGAAGGAUCUACGACAUCACAAACGUCCUGGAAGGCAUCCACCUCAUCAAGAAGAAGUCCAAGAACAACGUCCAGUGGAUGGGCUGCAAUCUGUCUGAGGACGGGGGCAUGCUGGCCCAGUGCCAAGGCCUGUCAAAAGAAGUGACAGAGCUCAGUCAGGAAGAGAAGAAGUUAGAUGAACUCAUCCAAAGCUGCACCCUGGACCUCAAACUGUUAACCGAGGAUUCAGAGAAUCAGAGGUUAGCUUAUGUUACAUAUCAAGAUAUUCGAAAAAUUAGUGGCCUUAAAGACCAAACUGUUAUAGUCGUGAAAGCCCCUCCAGAAACAAGACUUGAAGUGCCUGACUGCGUGGAGAGCCUACAGAUACACUUGGCAAGUACCCAAGGACCCAUUGAGGUCUUCCUGUGUUCAGAAGAGACUGAAACGCACAGUCCCGUGAAAACAACCAACCAAGACCACAAUGGGAAUAUCCCAAAAUCCACUUCCAAAGACUCGGCUUCACCCAACUCAGGACCUAGUGACUGCUCCGUUUCUGUGGCGAGCCUUUCUCCUCUGGCCUCCCCCGCCAACCUCCUCCAGUACACUGAGGACCAAAUCCCUUCCAACCUGGAGGGUCCCUUCGUGAACUUGCUGCCUCCGCUACUGCAGGAGGACUACCUGCUGAGCCUGGGGGAGCAGGAGGGCAUCAGCGACCUCUUCGACACCUACGAUUUGGAAAAGCUCCCGCUGGUGGAAGAUUUUAUGUGUAGUUGAUUACACUCCGUGUGUGAAUGCUCCUUACAAACCGCUAUUUUUUUAAUCACGGAAGCAGAACAUCUGUCAUGCAGUGUUGCCCUCCUACCUUCCUCCUCCAAGAGAGUAUCAUGAAGUAAACUACAAACUUCAGAACAAA